AUGUCUACCAGCAGCAAGCCCAGCAGCCUCCGCUCGCGAUCUACCAGCACCACUCUGCAGGGCGAGUUCAGCAGCACCCCCGUGCCAGCGACCGCCUCGGUCGCCAGAUUCAUCAAACCAGAGACCGCGGAUCUCACAUUGCGAGACGUACCUCACAAACGAACUGACUCCGCCGCAACAGCCACUCCAAACGGAACCACCGCUCCUCCCAACCGAGCCUCGCCCGUCCCCAACCAAGCGCAACCCAAUGGCAAGCCCACUUCGCCUCUAGUCUCGACGAGCAACGCUCAGGGUGGUAACAUGGCCCCGCAGACCGUGACCUCGAAAGAUCCCAAGGCCGCGGCGCAAGCAGCAACCGACAUGAGAAACAUUGUGCGCAGGAAGCUCACUGGAUACGUCGGUUUCGCAAACCUGCCUAACCAAUGGCAUCGCAAGAGCGUGCGAAAAGGCUUCAACUUCAACGUUAUGGUCGUUGGUGAGUGCAGAAUGGAUCAGAGCCACUUUGAGGGUUGAUCAGUAACAUGUGCAUGCAGGUGAAUCUGGCCUCGGCAAGUCAACUCUUGUGAACACCCUCUUCAACACCUCCCUAUAUCCACCAAAGGAGCGCAAGCAGCCAUCGCUCGACUUUGCACCAAAGACCGUCAGCAUACAAUCCAUCUCCGCCGACAUUGAGGAGAAUGGCGUCCGUCUCCGUCUGACCGUCGUGGACACGCCUGGGUUUGGUGACUUUGUCAACAACGAUGACUCUUGGAGACCAAUCGUCGAGAACAUCGAGCAGCGCUUCGAUGCAUACCUUGACGCUGAGAACAAGAUCAACCGCAUGAACAUUGUCGACAACCGAGUCCACGCCUGCGUUUACUUCAUCCAGCCGACCGGUCACUCCCUCAAGCCACUUGACGUCGAGGUUAUGCGCAGACUCCACACCAAGGUCAACCUCAUUCCAGUCAUCGCCAAGGCCGAUACGCUCACCGAUGAGGAGAUCCAGUCUUUCAAGCAGCGUGUAAGCCAGCCAUUGGACUUCAUCCAACCACGUUGCACUAACUAGUCACCGUACAGAUCCUCGCCGAUAUUCACCACCACAACAUCCACAUUUUCGAAGGCCCACGAUACGAGCUCGAUGACGAGGAGACCAUCGCAGAGAACAACGAGAUCAUGUCCAAGGUUCCGUUCGCCGUCGUUGGAGCCAACACCGAGGUGCAGACUCCCGAGGGCCGCAAGGUUCGUGGUCGUCGCUACCCAUGGGGUGUUAUCGAAGUCGACAACGAGGAGCACUGCGACUUCGUCAAGCUUCGACAGAUGCUCAUCCGGACACACAUGGAAGAGCUCAAAGAGCACACCAACAACUUCCUGUACGAGAACUACCGCUCCGACAAGCUCACCUCGAUGGGCGUCGCUCAGGAUCCAUCCGUAUUCAAGGAGGUCAACCCUGCCGUCAAGCAGGAGGAGGAGCGAUCGCUGCACGAGCAGAAGCUCGCAAAGAUGGAGCUGGAGAUGAAGAUGGUGUUCCAACAGAAGGUGCAAGAAAAGGAAAGCAAGCUCAAGCAGAGCGAAGAGGAGCUCUACGCUCGUCACCGGGAGAUGAAGGAGCAACUGGACCGACAGCGACAAGAGCUCGAGGAGAAGAAGGCGAGAAUCGAGAGUGGACGACCAGUCGACGAGAAGAGCGGCCGCAAGAAGGGUGGCUUCUCCCUUCGCGGCUAA